CUGAGAGACUUGAAUUUGUUAUCAUUGUGGAAAGUUCACAAAAGAGUCACAUACACACAUGUAGUCGAUGGGUGAUAAACAACAGUAGAUGAUAACAGUUGAGGAGACACAUUACGAUCCGUUGCGUUUAAUUAGUUUUCAAAUCAAGUUUCAAACUUUACAAAUAUGGUUCAUGCUAGUGCAUAUACUCCAAUCGAUUAUUCACCUAAAUGGUUACAAAAUGUGAAUAUUAGUUUGAAAGCGGUUCAAGAAUCGGCCGAGUUUUAUUCAACUUGCGGCCAAGUGAGUGGAGUCAACGAAGUGGUUUGGGCGAUUAAAGCAUUGCAAUUGACCGAUUUGACGACAUUGGCCGGUGAUGAUACACCAAGCAAUGUUCGACGGCUUUGCAUUCGUGCCGCAUUCCCAUUCACCGACCAUGAAUUGCGAUUCCUUAACAAAGAUGUUAAGAGCAAAAUUCAUACGGCUGCUGUUUGUGUCUAUCCAAGCCGUGUGCAUGAUGCUUAUGAAACACUCCAGGCUGUCGACGGGGGACAACAAAUCGAAAUCGCUGCUGUGGCGACGGGUUUUCCAACGGGCCAAUAUCCAUUGGCUUCACGUCUUCAAGAGAUUCACUAUGCCAUUGAGCAGGGUGCAACCGAAAUUGACAUUGUAAUCGAUCGUAGUUUGGUGUUGCGCGGCGAAUGGAAAAAACUCUACGAUGAAAUUGUCGAAAUGCGAAAAUCCUGCGGAGAUAAGGUGCAUAUGAAAACAAUUUUAGCUAUUGGUGAACUGGGAACUUUUGAAAAUGUGUAUAAAGCAUCGAUGGUAGCAAUGAUGGCCGGAUCGGAUUUCAUAAAAACGUCCACCGGAAAAGAAGCCGUGAAUGCCACACUGCCCGUUGGCCUCGUUAUGAUUCGUGCCAUUGAAGCCUUUUACAAAGCGACCCAGCGUAAAAUCGGAUUCAAGCCAGCUGGUGGCGUGAGAACCGUAAAGGAUGCAAUCGCCUGGAUGACAAUGAUCAAAUCGACAUUGGGCAAUGAAUGGCUUCAACCACAUCUCUUCCGUUUCGGGGCCUCUGGCCUAUUGGAUGACAUCGAAAAAACGGUCAACACCAACUCUGAAAAACACAUGUAAACUCUUCUGCCUCACAGGGCAAAACACUGGACCAUAAGAAAACAUUGCACCUGUUAUUCUUUGGAAUUUUUCAUCUUUUUUUAUUGUCAUUAAGCUAAAACAUAAGAAACAUAUUAUAUUAAUAAUAAUUAAAAAUAAACUAAAGCGCGUACAAUUGUCUAAAAUUCGUUACUAUUUUGUUACAAAAAAAAGUGUUGCUCUAAAACUGGUGAUUGGUUUUAUUUGUUUGUUUGUUUCUGUUCUGUUCACAAUUGGUUUGCUGCUAAUUUGCUGUGUGAAAAAACCACAGUGAAUGUGUGUAUGUGUGAUCGCAUAUUAUGUAGGUACUUGUUCGGCUUUAAAGCCUUCCGCUUCCGAUGCACUGUAUUUGGUUAGAUGCAUCUUGCCAUUUUCAUCGAUGUAACCAUAUUCACCUUUUACACUGCCGUCAGUUUCGCGCUGUUCAACCCGAAAUUGACGUUCCUUGCUGCAAAUGUGCCAGUUGAAAUGAAACGAAAAAACAUUUGCAUUAUUUUCUGAUGUUUUU